AAAAAGGGAGAAUCUUUAAAAAAACAAAUGUAGCAAAUAAAAUUUACGUGUAUCAUCUAAAUUAAAAUUCAGUAAAAGUAUUAGCACUUUAAACGAAAGCUAUAAUUUAAUGAGAAAUCUUGCUUAUAAACAUGUUAAAACCAAAAGCAUUGACCCAAGUUCUAAGUCAAGCAAACACAGGGGGUGUUGAAAAUACCUUGUUAUUAAAUCAUCAAGGUGCAUUAUUAGCAUAUUCUGGCUACAAUGACAAAGAUGCAAGAGUAACAGCUGCAAUAGCUAGCAAUAUUUGGGCAGCAUAUGAAAAACAUGGCAGAAAUGUGUUCAAAGAGGAUAGGCUCCAUUUGAUAUUGGUAGAUUGCAUGAAUGGUAAAAUUGCCAUAACACAAGUUGCAAAUUUGCUAUUAUGUCUUUAUGCAAAAGAGACUGUUGGAUUUGGAAUACUAAAAGAAAAAAUAAAUGCUAUAGCUCAAUAUUUGGAAGGGCCAUUGAAACAAGUUGCUAGUUCUUAAUAAUAAGAUAAGCUGUCAUAUUUAUUGUAUCAAUUCAAAAUUAAUUAAAUCUCUAUUAAAAAGGACAUGUUUACUCAUCUCUGAUUGAUGUAAAGGAUGGAGGUUUAAAAUUGAAACAUCAAUUCACUUUUGAAGGUCAUAUUUCCCAUAGUACUACACUCCUAUUUG